AUGCCGCGAAACCCUGCGGCGAAGAAGCAUCAGCACGGCAAUCGUCAUGACAGUGGACUUGUAGGUCCAGGGAAACGUGUCACGAAACAAAAGUCGAAUGGUCACCUCAAUGGCACGGCAAAGGGUCCCGUUCCCUCCGAGCCUAUUCCUCAGUCACACCCUACCGACCCGUCUUUGAGCGUAUCAGCCAACGAUCAAUCCGCUUCUGUCGCUUCUGAUUCGAUUCAAGAAAUUGCAAGAGGCUCAACUACGACUCAGUCGAAGGCCGCUGAAUUGGAAGGUUGUGAAAGCAAAGAGAAGGAGAACAAAACGGAGUCGAAUGGGUCAGCGAUGUUGCAACAAAGACGGACCGACAUGGUCUCUUCGAGAACCAAAUCCACUCAGGAUGUCAGCGCACUGCAAAUCGCCUCGACCAUCAUCCGAUCUCGUCCCGCCUGCGACACGGUGUCACUGCUCAUUGUCUUGCUCGCUCUACCCUCGAUGAUCUUGACCAUUGUGCAGGCACUGUUUGCGUCGUUAACCUUGAUGCCUGGAGGCGGCGCCCCGGUUUCGUUCCUUUCGUUGCUCGAUAUCUUCCAGGGGUCUGCGGGCGCACCCAGUAUCACCACGAUGGUCGUGGUUGAUGUCAUCUGCUUCGCGUUGUGGGUAUGUCUCUGGUCAUGGGCUCAGAAUUUUGCACUGGACCUGGCUCAGAUACAAAUCGCGAUCACGCUAGGCAAUGGCAGUUCGGGGAAGAAUGGCCGUGCCAACGUGAUCUGUCUGGUUGGCGUUCUCUUGCUUCACCUCAUCCGAAGUAGGGGCGUUCGCAGGUUCCUCGUCACGAAUUUGGUGCCGCUGGAUCUACUCUCUCAGAUUGGGCUCACCGAAUAUCUCAAGUACCUUCCUUCCGACUCCGAUUUUGGCGAUAGCCCGGGAGCCCCGUCGUAUAUUCGAAGUUUGUUUGCAAUUCAUAUCAUCAGUCAAGCUGUGAUGGCAUUUGUGCGCCGGCGGGUUAGCAGCUCAUCAUCCAUUCCCACAGCCAAAUCGAAACGCAUUGAUACAGAAGCCUCAGCCGGCUCUGCAUCGGAUAUCUCAACACUGGAGUCUGCAUCCGUGGGCGUCUCCUCGGCGGUAGAGUAUCAGGCCCCUCCGACGCCGGGUUUGAAAGAAGGCAAGGAGAAGGGAGUGAGUGCGAAGAAGCGAAGACGACAAGCAAACCAUGUCAGGAGCAAGCAGCCUUUCUGGGCCGCUCUGGCUAGUACCAAGGUCCACGUUCUCCGCGAGGUUGAACACAACAAAGCCCUUCCGACCAUCGCGAAUAACCAAGGCACUCCGUUCGAAACUGUGCAGCGAGGCCUCAUAUGGAUCACCCAUGUGGACCCAUCGUCUAUUUCUUUUGAAGCAGGCUACAUCCCGUUCACCGAGCAGCCCCAGGACCCCGACCACCCCGACGUGACCGGCGACAACAGGCCGUUUUACGUGCGCAUUAAUGGAGCAAAGUGGCAUUCUGUCAGUCUUGAUCCGGUGGACCAGUCUACGGCUGUCGAAGGCUCGAACGCCCAAUGGUCUGGUACGAUCUCCGGUCUGGCGCCGAAUUGUACCUAUACUUGUAGCUUCAUUCGUGUCGACGGGGAAGAAGAAUUCGCCUCAGUCAUGGUCAAAACGCCAAUACUGUUGGACAAAGAUUUGCCUGCCUCCAUGUCCCCGGUCCCUGUCCGUCAAUCCACCAGACCGUCAUCGCCGACAACCACGCUGAAAAAUUCCAUCUCGACUGCCGAAGCCAAAUUGAAUGAAGCGCGCAAUCGCCUCACCAAACUGCGUCGUCAACAUCGGACAACUUUGGCCAAGGUGGAAAAAGAGGUUGACAGCUUCAGCACACGUUUGAAGACUGCUAGUGACGACACAAAGCAAAGGCAGAAGUUAUUGCAAGCUGAACGCAGUAUCCGCCAAACAGAAGAUGCCACCCUCGAAAUUGAUGCCGCCCUCGAGGGCCUGGUCUCGACGCCCGAGGAUGAAGUCGACGAUUAUGAUGCCUGCAAAAUGGUCUAUGAGGAACAGACUAAGUUAUUGGCGGUGGCUAAUGAAGCAUUGUCCAAGGCUCGUUCGGCGGCGACAAAUGAUCUCUCCUGUGCAAACAGCGAACUCAAUACUAUCACUUCCCGCAAAGAGCGCCUGACAGGUCGCAACAACAAGCUGACCGAGCAACACGAUCGGAUCACGCAAGCCAAUGCGCAAGGCCUGAAUGAAAAGGAAAGAAGGGCGGCCGAGUCCAAUGCCAAAGGGGUUGACCAGCAAAGACGUGAGGCGGAGCUGACCCACCAGAUCCGCUUCAUGGAAAACGAGCUGAGAAAUUCGAGGAUGCGCUGGGAAGCUAACCUCCGGGAACUCGAUCUUCUCGAGAAGCAAGAGCUUGCUCAGCGAGAGAUGAUGCUCACCAACAGCGGUCCUUUGACGCCUGAAGGAGAGCUUCCUGGCACUCGGCCUCCGCCACAACACGCCCGGCCAUAUGCAUUUGGCAGUUUCCAAGCCUUCCCGAAUAGUCCUGUCAUCACUGAGGUUCAAGGAUCACCUUUCCUUGCAUAUGCCAAAACGCUUCCCUCCACCGACCAGCGACGACCGAGAUCGGAGACCAACCGGUCGGCGGGCGGGAUUAGCAAUCUUUCGGGCGACUUUGAGGACGCUGAUCCAAUUCCCCCCAUGCCAUCGACGGCGGAGUAUGGGGGAAACGGGCGAAAGGGGAGCGGCAGCAGCAGGGGAAAGAACAAUGGUAGUCCGGCAGUGGGGAUCAUCGGCAAUGCACUGCGCAGUCCACAAAGAGGCAGCUAUAGUCCGGGACAUAUUCCGGGCUCAACUACAUGGUAG